GAAUAGUAAGCUGAAUCGAUUUGUGUCAGAAAAGAUAACCACACUCUACGGCUUUUGAAGGUUAUUGACAGUUACUAAGAAAGAAUAAUUAUUUUAAUAAUGUCAGAAGAAAAGACUACGUCUCAGGAGUUUAAACUUGAUCCAGAUUGCGAACUCCGUUUCGAAGUGGAAAGUAAAAACGAGAAAGUCACUUUAGAGCUUAAAAUUGGACUGGCGGAAGUAUUUGGUACAGAACUUGUAAAAGGCAAAAAGUAUGAAUUUACUGCAGGCGCCAAGGUAGCUGUUUACACAUGGCAAGGAUGCACAGUGGAAUUAGUUGGAAAAACGGAUGUCAGUUAUGUUGCUAAAGAAACACCUAUGGGAUUAUAUUUAAAUUGUCAUGCAGCUAUGGAAAGAAUGAGAGAAGCAGCUGAAAAAGAUGACACUAGAGGCCCUAUUACUAUGGUUGUUGGACCCUGUGAUGUUGGAAAAUCAACAUUGUGCAGACUACUAUUAAAUUAUGCAGUUCGAAUGGGAAGACGACCAGUUUUUGUAGAUCUUGAUGUUGGACAAGGACAUAUAGCAAUUCCCGGAACAGUUGGUGCAUUACUGGUAGAAAGACCUUCUAAUGUUGUAGAAGGUUUUAGUCAACAGGCACCACUAGUCUUUCAUUUUGGUCAUAAAACUCCAAGUGCUAAUAUUGCAUUGUAUAAUCUCUUAGUGUCACGCCUUGCAGAAGUAUGCUCCGACAGAUUACAAGCAAAUAAAAAAGCCAGGGUAUCUGGAAUUGUUAUUAAUACCUGUGGGUGGGUAAAAGGAGGUGGUUACAAACUUCUUACUCAUGCCGCUCAAGCAUUUGAAGUUGAUGCGAUAUUAGUAUUAGAUCAAGAAAGACUUUACAAUGAACUUGUCAGGGAUAUACCAGACUUUGUAAAGGUAGUAUUUUUACCUAAAAGUGGUGGGGUUGUUGAAAGAAGUCAGACACAAAGAAUAGAGGCUAGAGAUCAAGGAGUUCGAGAAUAUUUUUAUGGGUCCCGUACACCUCUAUAUCCACAUAGUUUUGAGGUAAAAUGGAGUGAGGCUCGACUCUACAAAAUUGGAGCACCUGUCCUUCCUGCCUCUUGUAUGCCGCUUGGAAUGAAAGCUGAGGAUAAUUUAACAAAGCUAGUAGCUGUAACUCCAGGACCAAAUUUAUUGCAUCACUUGCUCUCUGUGUCUUUUGCUGAUUCCCCGGAGGAUGACGUCGUUCAAACCAAUGUCGCUGGAUUUGUUUGCGUGACCAAUGUUGACGUAGAACGACAAACCUUUACUGUUCUGAGCCCUCAACCAAGACCAUUACCAAACACCGUCCUUUUACUCUCUGACAUACAGUUUAUGGAUAGUCAUUGAUAGUGUAUACAAAUCAUAUAUUUUUAGUAAAUUUCCGUUUUAUAAUAUCAAAUUAUUGAAUAAAAAUUACUUUGAUAUUUUA